UGAAAGAGUCACAAGCCUUCCUGACAGUUCGUGGAGGAGCAUUUACACAGGGCGGCUUGUGAUGGCGAAAUCCCAGCCACCGUUUCUGGCGGCUGCGCUUCUCCUGGUGUUCUUUGGUCUGCGCGGCUCCUCUUCCUCGCCAGCCUGUCCGCAGCCCUGCACCUGUCAGAGAGCUCAGCUGCUGAACUGCUCCUCAUCCAGCCUCUCUUCAGUGCCACAGCUCAGCCAGGACUCUUUUGCUGAGCUGGACUUGUCUAAUAAUCUUCUGGGCUCCGCAACACUCCGCCGGCCACAGUAUAACCUCAGGAGCGUAUGGCUGGGGAACAACAGCAUCACACACUUGUCUCUCUGCGUGGAGGGAAACCUCAAAGGUCGAUAUUUCAGACAACGCUUGAGGACUAGGAGUAGGCGAGGGUGCCUAACGUGGGCCCCCGCCCUUCAGCUGUUAUCUGUCGAGAGGAAUCUGCUCGAGCAGCUCCCAGAGGGGCUGGAUGGAGUCGAGUCCUUGCAGAUCCUUCAGCUCUCUUUCAACAAGAUCUCCACUCUACAACCGCAAGAACUCAGUCACCUUCGACAGCUGAAAGAGCUACACUUAAAACAAAACCUCAUCACACAUCUCCAUCCACAGAUGCUCCAGGAUUUAGUCCAGCUCAGGGUCCUUGAUCUGAGUUUCAACAUGCUGACCAGCCUCCAUCCUUCAGCGUACCUCACCCUGCGCAGCAUCGGAACAGAUUUAAGGCUGAAUGGAAACAGGUGGAAGUGUGACUGCAACAUGCGCAGUUUAAGAAGGCGGAUGGCCUAUGACCACAGCAGAGGCCUGCAGGCCUGGAGCAUGGUGUGUGCUUCACCCUCCAUCCUCUCUGGCAGAGACCUUCUGCAGCUGGAGGAAGAAGACCUGAAGUGUUUAAGUGCUGAAAAGAGCGUAGCUCUCCAUCAAGAUGUGACUGUCUACAGCGGCUCUGAGAUACUGUUAUCUUGCUCCGCAGAAGAUUCACUAUGGUGGACGUCCGGUGGUCAAGCAUCUGAGAGCCAGCCCAACACCGAUCUCCUCAUCAGUGACAUCUCAGAGAGAAACACAGGACUGUAUGUGUGUGUGUCUGGAAAACAACACAUUGUGUCUAUUUUUAACCUCCAAAUCAGUAAACUAAAAAGUGCAAGAAAUGGAAGAAGUUUGCCAAGAACCCGGCGACAAAUAACUUCACAAGAUUCCCCAGACAGGUUGGCUGAAGAGAAAAACCAAAGAGCCACUUCAUCUGACUUGGCUCUAGCUGUCUCUCUGUCCGUAAUCUUUACCUUUCUGAUAGCUUUUAUCCUCGGAGUCCUGGCACGACCUUGUUUUGAUGGGCUUUGGAAAAGGGUCACCAAGAAGAAAACCUCAUCUACAACCAACUCCGUCUCUUCGGUUGAACAAAGACAAUAUGACAAUGAGGCCUUCUCCAGUGCUGAGGAACCAGAGGACACAAUAAAUUACAGGGAAAGGAGAGUCACAUUUAGCACUGUAGACAUUAUUGAAGACAGGAAUAUAAAUUAUUAUGACACUGUAGCUAGUGGUGAACGGGACAGCAUCAAAAGUGAUUCAGAGAAUGAAUAUGAACCAGUCAUGGCUAAGAAGGACAAGCAUUCUGCAGGUGAUUCAGGAAGUGAAAAUGUCUUACGACAGAGCAAUCCGGAAGAUGUGCAGAGUGAUGACAGUGACUCAAGUGAUGGUGCUACAAGGCGCAGAAGAGACAUGGAGUUUGAAAACAUCCCAGACCCUACUGAGAUGGAGGAGAGAAGUCUGUCAUCAUGCUCAGAUUCUUCUUCUACUGAAAAAGUAUUAAAAGAUACCAAGAUGUCUAAGGGAGACCAAUCAAUAACCGAGCUUCCUCAGCUGGCAGAAGACUCAGUUCAACAGAGAUCAGAUUUUUCUACAGCUGGAAAUAUAGUGUUAUUAUCUCACAUUUCCAGUGAGAGUAAAAGUGAAAUUCCUGGAUUUUCUUCAGAGCCUUUUGAAAACUGGUCGCCACAUACAAAUAACAGAAAUCCAAAAAGCCUUAACACUUCACAAGAUAAUGAGGAACUGUUUGAAUUCAGUGACUCCACUCAAAGCAUAUCACCAAGGUCCAGCAGUGUGAUUAGUCCUUUUGAUAAUGCAAAACAAAUCGGAGCUCACACUUUGGACAAGCAGAAAAGGGGUGAUGUUUCCAGUUCCAGCUCAUAUAUCAGUGAUGAUGAACCCACACAAUAUACUGUGAACUCUGACGGGGAGACUGAACAGUCUGAAAGAUUGCAAUACGAGAAUAUAGAUACAGUCAAACCCACAGUGAUAAUUAAUCAAGUCAGAGAUCCAUCCUUUUCUGGUAGUGACAGUGAAGAAGAAAUCACGGAGCUCAAAGUUAGACAUAACACAGGCAAAAAAAGCCAAAUCCUUAACCGCUUUAAUGUCAGAUCCCAAACAUCUAGUGAUGAGAGUGAAGAUCAAGAAAUGGACCACAUGCAGAACCAAAGAAAUACACAAACGACAAGGACCCAGUUACUACAAUCUCAAUCAUCAAGACCUGAUUCAAGUACACAGUGGCCUUCCGUUGAUCUUGCAUAUACAAAACGCAACAAGAGACGUUUAGACAUAAAAGCUCCCCCACAGACAUCUGCUUCAACUUCCAGUAGUGACACCGAGAACGAAACAACAGACCAGACAGUCAAAUGGAGGCCUGGUACACAGCCACUUCAUGGGUCUACAAUGAAAGGCCAUGAUUCAGAUGGAAGGUGGCCCCCUGUCGACCUGCAAAGGACUUUUCAUAUCAAGAGACGCCUAGAUAUCAAAGCCCCCUCACCAACUUCUGAUUCAUCUGCAGGUAGUGAUGGUGAAUAUGAAACGAUAAGCUACAUAGGUGGUCAACGGCCAGGAAGGUUGGAUAUCGGACGGCUCCCUUUUCAAGAAUCUAAAAGAGAACGAUAUGAUCCAGAUGGAAGAUGGCCUGUUGUCAAUCUUCAGCACAUCCCUCACAUCAAGAGACGCCUAGAUAUCAAAGCAUCUUCACCAACUGCUGAUUCAUCAUCCAGUACUGACAGUGAGGAUGAAACAAAAGGUUACAUCAAGAAACCGGAACAAAAGGAGUUACACGUGUCACGAGUUCCAGUUCAGGGAACUCAGGCAGUAAGUCGUGAUCCAGAAAGCCAGUGGCCAACUGUUGAUCUUCGGCAAACAAUGGGAAUCAAAAGACGCCUAGAUAUCAAAGCACCCUUACCAACUUCUGAUUCAUCUGCAGGUAGUGAUGGUGAAUAUGAAACGAUAAGCCACAUAGGUGGUCAACGGCCAGGAAGGUUGGAUAUCGGACGGCUCCCUGUUCAAGAAUCUAAAAGAGAACGAUAUGAUCCAGAUGGAAGAUGGCCCGUUGUCAAUCGUCAGCAAAUUCCUCACAUCAAAAGACGCCUAGAUAUCAAGGCCCCCUCACCAACUUCUGAUUCAUCUGCAGGUAGUGAUGGUGAAUAUGAAACGAUAAGCCACAUAGGUGGUCAACGGCCAGGAAAGUUGGAUAUCGGACAGCUCCCUUUUCAAGAAUCUAAAAGAGAACGAUAUGAUCCAGAUGGAAGAUGGCCCAUUGUCAAUCUUCAGCACAUCCCUCACAUCAAGAGACGUCUAGAUAUCAAAGCCCCCUCACCAACAGCUGAUUCAUCUGCAAGUACUGACAGUGAGGAUGAAACAAAAGGUUACAUCAAGAAACGGGAACAAAAGGAGUUACACGUUUCACGAGUUCCAGUUCAGGGAACUCAGGCAGUAAGUCGUGAUCCAGAAAGCCAGUGGCCCACUGUUGAUCUUCGGCAAACAAUGGGAAUCAAAAGACGUCUAGAUAUCAAAGCACCCUCACCAACUUCUGAUUCAUCUGCAGGUAGUGAUGGUGAAUAUGAAACGAUAAGCCACAUAGGUGGUCAACGGCCAGGAAAGUUGGAUAUCGGACGGCUCCCUUUUCAAGAAUCUAAAAGAGAACGAUAUGAUCCAGAUGGAAGAUGGCCCGUUGUCAAUCUUCAGCACAUCCCUCACAUCAAGAGACGCCUAGAUAUCAAAGCCCCCUCACCAACAGCUGAUUCAUCUGCAAGUACUGACAGUGAGGAUGAAACAAAAGGUUACAUCAAGAAACCGGAACAAAAGGAGUUACACGUGUCACGAGUUCCAGUUCAGGGAACUCAGGCAGUAAGUCGUGAUCCAGAAAGCCAGUGGCCAACUGUUGAUCUUCGGCAAACAAUGGGAAUCAAAAGACGCCUAGAUAUCAAAGCACCCUUACCAACUUCUGAUUCAUCUGCAGGUAGUGAUGGUGAAUAUGAAACGAUAAGCCACAUAGGUGGUCAACGGCCAGGAAAGUUGGAUAUCGGACGGCUCCCUUUUCAAGAAUCUAAAAGAGAACGAUAUGAUCCAGAUGGAAGAUGGCCCGUUGUCAAUCUUCAGCACAUCCCUCACAUCAAGAGACGCCUAGAUAUCAAAGCCCCCUCACCAACAGCCGAUUCAUCUGCAAGUACUGACAGUGAGGAUGAAACAAAAGGUUACAUCAAGAAACAGGAACAAAAGGAGUUACACGUGUCACGAGUUCCAGUUCAGGGAACUCAGGCAGUAAGUCGUGAUCCAAAAAGUCAGUGGCCCGCUGUUGAUCUUCGGCAAACAAUUGGAAUCAAAAGACGGCUAGAUAUCAAGGCCCCCUCACCAACUUCUGAUUCAUCUGCAGGUAGUGAUGGUGAAUAUGAAACGACAAGCUACAUAGGUGGUCAACGGCCAGGAAAGUUGGAUAUCGGACGGCUCCCUUUUCAAGAAUCUAAAAGAGAACGAUAUGAUCCAGAUGGAAGAUGGCCCGUUGUCAAUCUUCAGCACAUCCCUCACAUCAAGAGACGCCUAGAUAUCAAAGCCCCCUCACCAACAGCUGAUUCAUCUGCAAGUACUGACAGUGAGGAUGAAACAAAAGGUUACAUCAAGAAACAGGAACAAAAGGAGUUACACGUGUCACGAGUUCCAGUUCAGGGAACUCAGGCAGUAAGUCGUGAUCCAGAAAGCCAGUGGCCCGCUGUUGAUCUUCGGCAAACAAUUGGAAUCAAAAGACGCCUAGAUAUCAAGGCCCCCUCACCAACUUCUGAUUCAUCUGCAGGUAGUGAUGGUGAAUAUGAAACGACAAGCUACAUAGGUGGUCAACGGCCAGGAAAGUUGGAUAUCGGACGGCUCCCUUUUCAAGAAUCUAAAAGAGAACGAUAUGAUCCAGAUGGAAGAUGGCCCAUUGUCAAUCUUCAGCACAUCCCUCACAUCAAGAGGCGUCUAGAUAUCAAAGCACCUUCACCAACUUCUGAUUCAUUGUCCAGUACUGACAGUGAGGAUGAAACAAAUGGUUACAUCAAGAAACAGGAACAAAAGGAGUUACACGUGUCACGAGUUCCAGUUCAGGGAACUCAGGCAGUAAGUCGUGAUCCAGAAAGCCAUUGGCCCACUGUUGAUCUUCGGCAAACAAUUGGAAUCAAAAGACGCCUAGAUAUCAAGGCCCCCUCACCAACUUCUGAUUCAUCUGCAGGUAGUGAUGGUGAAUAUGAAACGACAAGCUACAUAGGUGGUCAACGGCCAGGAAAGUUGGAUAUCGGACGGCUCCCUUUUCAAGAAUCUAAAAGAGAACGAUAUGAUCCAGAUGGAAGAUGGCCCGUUGUCAAUCUUCAGCACAUCCCUCACAUCAAGAGACGCCUAGAUAUCAAAGCCCCCUCACCAACAGCUGAUUCAUCUGCAAGUACUGACAGUGAGGAUGAAACAAAAGGUUACAUCAAGAAACAGGAACAAAAGGAGUUACACGUGUCACGAGUUCCAGUUCAGGGAACUCAGGCAGUAAGUCGUGAUCCAGAAAGCCAGUGGCCCACUGUUGAUCUUCGGCAAACAAUGGGAAUCAAAAGACGUCUAGAUAUCAAAGCACCCUCACCAACUUCUGAUUCAUCUGCAGGUAGUGAUGGUGAAUAUGAAACGAUAAGCCACAUAGGUGGUCAACGGCCAGGAAAGUUGGAUAUCGGACGGCUCCCUUUUCAAGAAUCUAAAAGAGAACGAUAUGAUCCAGAUGGAAGAUGGCCCGUUGUCAAUCUUCAGCACAUCCCUCACAUCAAGAGACGCCUAGAUAUCAAAGCCCCCUCACCAACAGCUGAUUCAUCUGCAAGUACUGACAGUGAGGAUGAAACAAAAGGUUACAUCAAGAAACAGGAACAAAAGGAGUUACACGUGUCACGAGUUCCAGUUCAGGGAACUCAGGCAGUAAGUCGUGAUCCAGAAAGCCAGUGGCCCACUGUUGAUCUUCGGCAAACAAUGGGAAUCAAAAGACGUCUUGAUAUCAAAGCACCCUCACCAACUUCUGAUUCAUCUGCAGGUAGUGAUGGUGAAUAUGAAACGAUAAGCCACAUAGGUGGUCAACGGCCAGGAAAGUUGGAUAUCGGACGGCUCCCUUUUCAAGAAUCUAAAAGAGAACGAUAUGAUCCAGAUGGAAGAUGGCCCGUUGUCAAUCUUCAGCACAUCCCUCACAUCAAGAGGCGUCUAGAUAUCAAAGCACCUUCACCAACUUCUGAUUCAUUGUCCAGUACUGACAGUGAGGAUGAAACAAAUGGUUACAUCAAGAAACAGGAACAAAAGGAGUUACACGUGUCACGAGUUCCAGUUCAGGGAACUCAGGCAGUAAGUCGUGAUCCAGAAAGCCAUUGGCCCACUGUUGAUCUUCGGCAAACAAUGGGAAUCAAAAGACGCCUAGAUAUCAAAGCCCCCUCACCAACUUCUGAUUCAUCUGCAAGUAGUGAUGGUGAAUAUGAAACGACAAGCCACAUAGGUGGUCAACGGCCAGGAAAGUUGGAUAUUGGACGGCUCCCUUUUCAAGAAUCUAAAAGAGAACGAUAUGAUCCAGAUGGAAGAUGGCCCAUUGUCAAUCUUCAGCAAAUUCCUCACAUCAAGAGACGCCUAGAUAUCAAAGCCCCCUCACCAACAGCUGAUUCAUCUGCAAGUACUGACAGUGAGGAUGAAACAAAAGGUUACAUCGAGAAACAGGAACAAAAGGAGUUACACGUGUCACGAGUUCCAGUUCAGGGAACUCAAGCAGUAAGUCGUGAUCCAAAAAGUCAGUGGCCCGCUGUUGAUCUUUGGCAGACAAAAGGAUUCAAGAGACGCCUAGAUAUCAAAGCCCCCUCACCAGAUCCUGAUUCAUCUGCAAGUACUGAUGGUAAAAUUGACACAACAAACCACAUAGCUGGUCAACAGCCAGGAAAGUUGGAUAUCGGACAAACAAACAACAUUAAUGCGACAGUAAACCAGUGGCCUGCCGUGAAUCUUGGAAAUAUUACUAAAAUAAAGAGACGGUUGGACAUCAAAACAUCAACACCAUCCUGGGAUUCAGCAUUCAGUGUUGGGAAUACAAGCUAUAGACUAAAAGAAAAAACUGCAAAAGUGUACAAUUCUACGCACAGGUAUUCAUCGAGCAGUUCAGAUUACCAAGAGGAAGGUCUAAAAGACUACAGCAAGCACCAUCUCACCUCUGAACCAGAUCCAAAUCCAAGCCCCGAACUGGGCUUAAGCAGCAACAUACAUAUCAAAAGACGUUUGGACAUAAAGGCACAAUCACAUUCUCUUAAGUCAUCCUCCAGCAGUGAUGAAAGUGAUAGUGGGACAACAGACAUCACUGAGACGAUGAAGGGAAUCCAAAGAGGGAAGAUACCCCAUAUUAAAAACCGCCUAGAUAUCAAAGUUCCCUCACAGCAACCAGAUAUGCAAUUGAGCAAACUGCCUUUGGAUUCACAUCAGUCUGAAUCACACUCUUCCAGAAGUGAAAGUGAAGGUGAGAAUAGAGGCCACAAAGAAAAAGCAGGGAUGGGAAUAUCGACUACUUCAGAAAAGAAGUUCAUAAGGUCUCCAAGAGCUCCAAUGAUAAGUGUUUCUCAUAAUCCAAAGAAAGACCCAAACAUCAAAUUAGAAAAAUAUGGAACUAUUUCAGAUGAAUCGGAGAACAAACUUACAGAUGAUACCGUUUACACAACAGAGAUAAACCCAGAGCUUCAGUCACGGUGGGCCACAAUGAAUCUAGGCAUCUCCCGCUUCCGACAGCGCCUGGAAAUUACAUCACAUACUAAUGAACAACCCAAUGUGUCACAGCCACCUUCGACUGACUCUUUGCAUUCUCUCAGCACUGAAAGUAGACCUGGGAGAAUAAGGCUAAAGAGAAGGGUUGCUGGGAUGCAAGAAAUCAUCCAUACAGACUAUUCUCCAGUCCUGGAAAACAACCCAGUAAAUGUUUUUGCCACUAUCAAGAAUCCUAAUGAUAAGUCCGACACCUCAGCAGAAUUUACACAGAAAGAAGCAGAAAACUACAGCCUCCUUACAAGUAAAAAUGAGUCAAAGUCAGAGACCGUGUUGGUUGAUUUUGGUGAUUCACAAAUCACAAAGUAUCCGGACUUUAGUGAAAAGGCUCCCUCAAAGCCAUCACAGCAACCUCUCUAUUCCUCCUCUCGCAGCAUCAGCGAGGAUAAGAGGAUAGACCAAUAUGUUCUAGACCUGAGUCUUGGAGUCCCACGCAUUAAACAGCGUCUCAAUUUCAAGGCACCAUCACCAGAACCAAGCAGCUCCUCAUCUUGUGACAGCGAGAAUGAAAAUAGUCUUACAGGAUACCAAGCAAAACAAAGCACACUAACAACAAAUGUUUUAGAAGUCGCGGAUGACUCUCCAAUCCUUUAUAAGCGCUCCAUUAUCAAAACCUCAUCGAUACCUAGUUACUCUUUCACUCCAAGUGACAGGAGUAAAACGGUGGACAGGACACAGGAAGGUGUAGGAGACAGAGAUGCAUCUCUUCCAAGUAUUAGUUUUGACACCAUAGUGAGGAGGGGGAUCAAGCAGCGUCAUGAGAUAAAGCAGACUGAUGUUGGUCAUCAUCUGCCCGAUCUCCCAAUCUCCAAAGCAACAAGUGUGAAUGUGUUAACAUCUUUGCAGCAGGCUCCAUCUGCAGAACCAAGAUCUGCCUCGCGCGACUCCUCCAGCAGUGUGAGUUUUGAAAUAAUGCAAGACCACGAGAAAUCAGCGACACUGCUGCAUAAAUACUCAUCACUUACUUCCAAGAGUGUUACUCCUUCAACCAGUGAUAUUUAUGACAAGCUUGGAAGCUCACCUGGCAGAACAUUUGAGACAUCUACAGUUGUAUCUGAGGACAAGAGUGAAAGGAGGGGCCUCAGUGCCCUGAAAGACAAGUCACUGGAGAUGAGAAAGUGGGACAGUGACUUGGAUAAAGAUGCAGCUCCUCUAUUUGAUGACCAACAUCCACAAGGCGGUACCCAAGUAGAUGACAGCAGUUAUACAGCAGACACCGAAGUCCUGUCUGAACAGCAGUUACCAAACCCCAAUCUUGACUCUGCUUCAGCAAAUGAGAAAAAAAUUUUAAAUUUAUUGUACGGAAUUCCUCAAUACAGGAAGCAUAAUUUUGGACAUCCCAAGCCACCACAAUAGGCUCCACGUCCCAUUCAGGCAACACCACUACCAGGUUAUUAAAACGGCAGAGUGAUCUCCUCAAGAUUACUAAAAAGCAAGGAUGGGGAAGGAACCAGUCCCACCAGUAAGAGCAACGUCCCAGAAGGAUGUGACUCAUGUUUGCUUAAAUCAGAACAACUGGUAGUCUAUUUUUGUUUCAUCACUCACCAAUUGAAAAAAUUAAAUAAAAGCAAAUGAGUGUGAUGGGUGAAUUGACCUGUAGAAAGUUAAUAUUGAGAGUUCUUAUUUUGUACUUAAUUUUAAAAUUAAAUGUAAACGAAUGGUUGUGAGGAACUAUUGUAGAGCACAGUUAUUGUUGAUAUUUGUCUUAUUUCUGUAAAUCACUAAUUUUAUUCAUCUUCCAGUAAACUUGUUUAUCAUGAAAACACUUACUGGUAACAAAACGUCAUACUCUUGUUAAAAUACUUGAUUAGAAUGAAUGAAAAGUCCUAAUGUUAUAAUACAGACUGCCCAUUUGUAAAAAUGCAAACAGUGAUCAUAAGAUGCAACAUUUUCUUUAAAGGACACACUACUCACUAAGUUAAUAAACCAUUUUAUUUAUGUAUAUAGACAUAGGUUAUAGUGAAAACAGACAGACAUUUAGAUAAUUUACAUAUGUAUAUACAGUUGGGACAAGGCUGUUCAACCUCCUGCAUUUUCAUGCGUGAAUACUAAAUCAUUGAUGUCAAAACAGCUUUUGGUCAGCAAUCAAAUAAAUACUGAAAUUUUGUAGUUUAUGCAAAUAUAUGCUGUAUCACAAUGACAGAAGUUGUCAUGGGCUUUUUCAGCUAGAGUGGACUUUAACAAAGGCUCAUGUGGAUAAGCUUCUCAACUGUUAUUAAUGUGUAUCAUCUGUUUAUUUUCACAGAAAUUAUGACUGCAAGAGUUGCAAAACAGAGUUUGUGUGCACUUUAAAUUAAUAAAAUGAUUACUCCACAUA